CAAAAAAUAAGUUUCAAAACAUUUUGACUUUUGCGUUUCCUUUCUUUGUUUAUUUGAGAAAUUGUUUAAGAAAUGAUGCAGGUUGAUUGUUCAAAAGAUGAAUUUAGCUGAUCCCGAACUAGAAUUGAUAGAUCCAACGCCCAAUGUCCAUACAUUGUUCUUACAUUUCGACAAACUUUUCUUCUGGACUAAAUUGGCAAGCAGAGCAGUUGUAAGAUGGAGCAAGAGGAUGUAUUCCUGCGCUGGUAUAUGUUCAUAUGAAGGCAGAGGUGGGCUUUGUGAUAUUGCUUUGAGCGAACCACUUCUCAAGUUGCGCCCACGUAAGGACCUAAUAGAAACUCUCCUGCAUGAGAUGAUACACGCAUACCUUUUCAUUACUUGUCGAGAUCGUGAACGGGAUGGUCACGGACCUAACUUCAAGGCUCACAUGUACAGGAUAAAUAAGUCCGCUGGCCUUAACAUAAGUAUUUACCACGACUUUCAUGAUGAGGUAAAGUUAUAUUUAACUCAUUGGUGGAGAUGCAAUGGUCCAUGCCAAAGCAGGAAACCUUUCUUUGGGAUUGUGCGGCGAUCACAAAAUAGUGCCCCAGGACCACGUGAUUAUUGGUGGUCCGCUCAUCAGAAAACAUGUGGAGGUACGUUUAUUAAAAUAAAAGAACCCGAAAAGAAGACUGGAAAGGGAAAGAAGACUAAAAACAAUAAUGGCAAUAUAACAAAAUAUAUAAACAAUAACAAUAAUAAUAAAACUACAGAUAAUGAAGUCAGAAAACCAUUGACACCUCUUAUAAAAUAUAAAACUAAAAAACCCAGUACUGGCACUAAAGUGAAGUCAAACAGUGGAAAUACAGUUGUAAUAACCCAGAAAAAUGUCACAGGUAGUCCUAAUAAAAUAAGUUCUUCUAUAAUUGCAUUUACUGGUAAUGGUCAUGUCAUAAGCAAUCUCACGAAUAAAAGUAAACCUUCUGAGGUAAAUGAAACUGUUAGGAACGUAUGGGCUAAUAAACAAUUACCUGGUUUAAACAGUAAACCAAAUAUGUCUCUGAUUGAAGUCAAUAAUUUUAAUAAAACUGUGAAACCAAUAAAACAAAGAACAAAGUCAGAACACACAGAUUCACCUCCAUCAAAAAUUAAAAAAAUUGACGAUUACUUUAAAAAAACUGCAUCUUCUUUAUUAAGUGAUUUAUAUGGAACAGAUAUAAAAAUAACACAAGAAAACAAUAAAAUAGUUGCAGUUACUAACAAUAACCUUGUUGGUAGUCCUAUUAACAAAAAACCAUUUACAAACAGAGACCUUGUUGAUUGCCCAGUUUGUAGUCAAAAAGUUGAUACUGGUGAAAUCAACAAACAUUUGGACGAGUGUUUAAAUAAAGAGGUAAUUGAAAAUUUGAGUAAAGAUUAUGUACAGUCAAACGCGUUAGUACUUACUGGUAACAGUGUUAUUGCUAGUCAAUCUAAAGAACACAAAAAUACAGUUGCACCUACAACACCUAUAUUUAAAAAGGAAGAAAAGGUACAUGAUAAAAAUUUUAAGGAGGAAAAUGGUGUAAUUAAGCCGAUAAAUUGUAACGAAAGCAUUGAUCUUUGUAACAUAAAUGUAGAUUGCACAUCAAAGACUCGGACCACUCCUAUCAUCAAGGAGGAAAGUAAUGACUCCAACCAAUUUAACACACAUGAUGUGAACAGAGUAAAAUCCAUAGUGAAAAGGAUAACUUACGAUAAACAUGUUAGGAAAUCUGAUAACUUUAUAGUGCCAAAAGACGAAGAGCAUGAGGUAGAUUGUGGGUCCUUACCAUCAUUUCUAGAUGAGGUAGGCACUGCUAUCAAACCUGCCGCUAUUAAAAUAGAACCCGGUACAAGUAAAGAUGUAGUUUCCGCUUUAUCACUUAAGUGUCCUUGUUGUGGGAAUAUUGUUGACAAACCUAUGGUUGAGCAUUUGGACGAGUGCCUUGCUUUCUUUGACAACAACACCACUGUACCAGAAGAAGGAGCUUCAACUAGUUUCGCGAAUAAUACUAUUGUUAUAGAUGAUGAUGAUGAUGAAGACGAUGUAUUUGAUGAAACAUUGACUAUGAAUGCUACUGGAACCAAAACACCUUGCCCAUGCUGCAUGGAGAUGAUAGAAACCGCAGAAAUGAAUAAGCAUUUAGAUAAUUGUUUGAGUUAAUUGUAGUAUAAUCGUUAUUUAUUGCAAAGAUAAUGUUAAUUAUUUGUAAUUUGCUAAGAAUUUUGUAUUAUGUAUUUCUUUUUAUUAAGAUUUGUGUUCAUAAUUUCAGAAAUGAUUAGCGAUAUUAAUGAUACCUGAUAUUUAUGUGAUUUUCAAGAAAUGUGAUAUUAGAAUACAAC